AUGUUUGAUAUCGAUACAUCAAAUGACCGCGAUGACACAUUGGAAGCCAGUCAGUCAAAUGAGCAGAUGAAUUUAAAUUAUCAAGCCCAUUGGAUGCCAUUUUCUGCAAAUCGUAAUUUUCAUAAAGAUCCACGCAUGAUCGUGGGUGCAAAAGGAUCGUAUUUAAUUGACAGUACUGGACGUGAGAUUUAUGACUCAUUGUCAGGGCUAUGGACGUGUGGUGCAGGGCAUACACGACCUGAAAUCCAACAGGCUGUGAGUAAGCAAUUGGCAAAACUGGACUAUUCACCUGCAUUCCAAUUUGGACAUCCUUUAUCUUUUCAAUUGGCUGAAAAAAUUGUUCAGCUGAUGCCUGAAAAACUGCAACAUGUCUUUUUUACCGAUUCAGGUUCUGAAUCUGCGGACACUGCGAUCAAGAUGGCACGCGCAUAUUGGCGCAUUCAAGGUAAACCAAGCAAAACCAAAUUGAUUGGACGAGCGCGUGGCUAUCAUGGUGUAAACGUCGCAGGGACCAGUCUAGGCGGUAUUGGCGGAAAUCGUAAAAUGUUUGGUCAAUUGAUGGAUGUGGAUCAUUUGCCUCAUACCUUACAGGCGCAUUUAAGUUUUAGCAAAGGCUGUGCUGAAACGGGUGGGGUUGAGCUGGCAGAUGAAAUGCUCAAGCUGAUUGAAUUACAUGAUGCUUCUAAUAUUGCAGCAGUAAUAAUAGAACCUGUUUCUGGUUCAGCAGGCUGUAUCGUGCCACCAGUUGGUUAUUUACAACGCCUACGAGAAAUUUGUGACCAACACGAUAUUUUACUGAUUUUCGAUGAGGUGAUCACUGGCUUUGGGCGUAUCGGCAAAUGGACUGCGGCUGAACAUUUUGGAGUUACACCAGACCUUUUGACCUUUGCUAAACAGAUUAGCAAUGGCGCAAUUCCAUUAGGUGGGGUGGUGGCAAGCCGUGAAAUUUACAAUGCAUUUAUGCAGCAAGACCUGCCUGAACAUGCCAUUGAAUUUACCCAUGGUUAUACCUAUUCGGCCCAUCCUGUUGCCUGUGCCGCUGCUCUCGCCACCUUAAAUGUACUCGAAAAUGAAAAUUUAAUUUCCCAAUCUGCUGGCUUGGCACCAAGCUUUGAAAAGCUUGUUCAUGAAUUAAAAGGUUCACCACAUAUUGUUGACAUCCGUAACUGUGGAUUGAUUGGUGCCUUGCAAUUGGCUCCACGUGAUGGUGAUGCCACGAUUCGUGGUUUUGAAAUUGGAAUGAAACUGUGGAAAGCAGGUUUCUAUGUGCGUUUUGGUGGGGAUACCCUUCAGUUUGGCCCAAUGUUUAACAGCACAGAAGCGCAAUUAAGCAGCUUGAUGAAUGCAGUAGGGUGUGCCUCUAAGCAAAUCAAUACGGAACAGCUAGACAAUAGACAAGGAAAAGUAAUGAACAAUUUAGAAAAUUUUAGUGGUGGCGAGCUGUCUAAUACCGAAACAGUUGAAGCAGUACAACCGAUCACGCUGGUUGGGCAUUUUAUUCAAGGGGGACUGGUAAACAAGACCUCAAGAACACAAGCUGUAUACCAUCCAGCAACAGGCAAGAUCAGCAAAGAAGUUGCGCUUGCCGAUACUGCAUUGGUCAAUCAGGUGGUUCAAAUUGCACAACAGGCUUUUCCAGCAUGGCGUGACACCCCUGUGAUUAAACGUGCACGAGUGAUGUUUAAGUUUAAACAACUGCUAGAAGACAAUGCUGAAAAACUUUGUGAGUUGAUUGGACAAGAACAUGGAAAAAUUUGUCAUGAUGCACAGGGCGAGUUACAACGCGGAAUUGAAAAUGUUGAGUAUGCAUGUGGUGCACCUGAGUUUUUAAAAGGUGAAUACUCAAAAAAUGUUGGCCCAGAUAUUGAUUCAUGGAGCGAAUUUCAACCUUUAGGCGUGGUUGCUGGGAUUACACCAUUUAAUUUUCCAGCGAUGGUUCCAUUGUGGAUGUUUCCAAUGGCGAUUGUUUGCGGGAACUGCUUUAUUUUAAAACCCUCUGAAAAAACCCCAUCAGCAGCAUUAUAUUUGGCAGAAUUACUUCAACAGGCAGGUUUACCCGAUGGUGUGUUUAACGUCAUCAAUGGUGAUAAACAAGCAGUGGAUGCCUUAUUACAUCAUCCAAAUAUUCAAGCGAUUAGCUUUGUUGGUUCAACCCCGAUUGCUGAAUAUAUUUAUCGCACAGCAACCUCGGCAGGCAAACGCUGUCAGGCCUUAGGUGGCGCAAAAAAUCAUGCCAUUAUUAUGCCUGAUGCAGAUAUCGAUAAUGUGGUGAACUCAUUAUUAGGUGCAGCUUUUGGUUCAUCUGGUGAACGCUGUAUGGCUUUGUCUGUUGCAGUGGCAAUUGGCGAUGAAAUUGCUGAUCUGGUGAUUGAAAAACUUAGCCAAGAAAUGCAACAACUCAAGUUUGGUCAUUAUGCAAAUCAACAAAAUGACUUUGGACCGCUCAUUUCUCAAGCACAUAAAGAUAAAGUUCAAGCUUUUAUCCAAAGUGCUGAACAGCAAGGUGCUAAAAUUGUUGUCGAUGGUCGUGAUGCCAAACCUAUCGGCUAUGAAACUGGAUUUUUUGUUGGCCCGACGCUAAUUGAUCAGGUUUCAUCAGACAUGACCAGUUAUCAGCAAGAAAUUUUUGGUCCUGUUUUACAGGUGAUUCGUGUAGAAACCAUGCAACAAGCGAUGCAGUUAAUCAAUGAUCAUGAGUAUGGAAAUGGUACCUGUAUUUAUACCCGUGAUGGGGAAGCCGCACGCUAUUUUACCCAUCAUAUCCAAGUGGGAAUGGUCGGUGUAAAUGUGCCAUUGCCCGUACCUGUUGCAUAUCAUAGUUUUGGUGGCUGGAAGCGUUCGUUAUUUGGUGACUUGUAUGCUUAUGGGCCAGAUGGAGUACGUUUUUAUACGCGCCGUAAAACCAUUACCCAACGUUGGCCAGCUACACACGUUCGUGAAGCCAAGCAGUUUUCAAUGCCUACUUUAAAUUAA